AUGAGUAAUUUGACAGUCAACGAUUUAUGGCCUUUAUCGACAACAACAGUUGCAAGCGUGAAUAACAGUGAUUUAAUCAGCGAUCAAAAUCUCACAAAUGUUCUUGAUUGGUUUAUUGUUUAUGGAUCGACAGGGAUUUAUUUGAGUCUUCUCGGCAUCGCACUUUUCUUUAUCACAACCUUUAUUGUUGUUUUAAUACACGGACGAGAAUUAUUUAAAGAGUAUCCCCUCUUCAUAAUCAUCGCAAAUUUGAUCGCAGCGAAUGAGUUGAAUAUCUUUUGUCAAUGGACAACCGUUGUCCCAAUGAUGUUAUUCAAUUUGGAUUCAAAUUUCGAAAGUAUUAUCAAUCAAAUUGGCGGCAUUUUGACUGGACUUUCUGAAGAGGCGGCUACUUAUUUCACAUUUUUGAUUGCCGUUAAUCGUUUAAUUAUUUUUCUCUAUCCCGUUCAAUCACAUUGGUUUAAAGGACUUCGCUUGAAACUUCUUUGCUUGGCAAAUUGGGGUUUAAUUGGAGGAAUCACUGGUUUAAAGAACGCUUUUGGAUUGACAAGACAUUUCGGACAAAAAACGAUGACUUUUUAUGUUUGGUCAACUGGAGCCGAUGCUGUCCUGAAUACGAUCUUCACCAUUAUUGGAAUGUUUAUCCCAUUUGUGAUUUUAAUCAUCUAUUCACUUAUUUAUUUCCAUAUUCGACGACAACGCGGGAAAAGAAGCUACAACAAAACGGAUGUGAGAAUAUUGAAAGAAGCGGCCAUUAUUGGAUUGUGUUUAGAAUUAGCCCGUGUCUCUCAAUAUAUCAUCCCGCAACUCCGCCGUCCACUUAAAGCCAUCCCAUGGCUUCGCUGGUUCUCCACGAUUUUUCUUAAUGUUGCCAAUAUUGCAAAUCAUAGCAUUAAUUCAAUUCUUUUCCUCUUUCACAAUCGAAUCGUUAAACGAGCGAUUUACGGGAUUCUUCGAAAAGAUUACGUGGAGUCGAGUGGAGAUCAGAACAAACAUCUUCAAGACAACACUCUGAAGAAAAAUAUGGAAAAGGAAAAAUCACGUAGCUCAUCAGCUCCUCCACAAAAUACACCAAACAUUAAU